AUAGUGCAGCAUAAUAAUAAUAAUGAUGGUACCAGUUAAUUGAGUAAUAAUACAGCUGAAAGUAAGCUAACGUUAGCAACAUUCCAAUAAACUGGACGUCAGUGUAAAGUAGCAUUAUAUACAAGGGCUUUGCCAUCUAACUGAUUGGUAGUGAGCAGUGAAGUAGAUAGAUUACUGUCCAUUAUAUUCCAUAUCCUGGUAUUUUAAAUAAUUUAACAAUGGUUGGAUGGAAGAGUUUCUGUCAGAAGAAAAUGUCUACUCUUGGCAAGAAUGUCAAAGUUGCCCUACUUGGUGAGCAAAUAAGCAAGAUGGCUGAAGCCCAUCAGGCUGUCGCGUUCCAGUUUACUGUCACCAACGAAGGAAUCGAUGUUAGCUUGAACCAUGAAGCGUUAAAAGCUGUCUACAAUAGUAGCAAAAGGUCAUGGAAGAAGCGAUUCAGCAGAUUCAGGAACCAUAUUGUUACAACAACCUACCCAGCUAGCCCAGCAUCAUGGCUUGCUGUUGUGAGUUUAGUUCUAGCCUUUAGUCUGGCCAAAGUCGAUCCUUCUAUGGGUAUGAUUGCUAAAGUACGAGAACACCUUCCCUUGGGAUCAUAUCUUGACACUUCCACCAGUAGCUAUAUGUCCACGAUACUGUUUGCUACAAUACUUUGGUUGGUGAUCAUCUACUCAACACGAUAUAUGCUCAAGUUCCUCUUGUCAUAUCGUAGGUUUAUGUAUGAGCCAAGAGGAAGAGCGUCACUUUUGACCAAACUAUGGGUGCUCUGCCUCAAGGUGUUUUGUACUCGUAAACCCCAACUGUACAGCUACCAGAACACACUUCCUAAUCUUCCUUUACCGAGUAUAGACGAUACAUUAAGACGGUAUUUACGAUCAGUGCGUCCAUUUAUGGAUGAUGAAAAGUACAACAGAAUGGAGAGACUUGCUAGUGACUUUAAAAAGAACCUCGGAAUGCGAUUACAACGCUACCUCUACCUCAAAUGGUGGUUCUCUUCUAACUACGUCAGCGAUUGGUGGGAAGAAUAUGUAUAUCUUAGAGGGCGCUCUCCACUCAUGGUCAACAGCAAUUAUUAUGGACUUGUAAGUAACAAUAAAAAAAUUCCAUGGGCAGCUGCUCGACAGACGUUUUUCAAGUCGGGAGACAAUAAGGUGUCUUUGGAUGUAAUUGAGAAGGCCGCGUUCAUGGUGGUCCUUGACGAAGAAGAGCAUGAUUAUGAUCCAGAACCGCUAGAAGAAUUUCGUAAAGUGUACCCACCAUGGUAUAUCAAGAAGCAAACCGAAAAUCCCUCUAGUCAACAAAACCAGGAUGACUACACACAGCUGGAUAAAUUUGGCUGCUCACUACUUCAUGGCAAAGGAUAUGAUCGCUGGUUUGACAAGUCUUUCAAUCUUGUUAUCUUCAAGAAUGGACGUGUUGGUUGCAAUGCAGAACAUUCUAUUGCUGAUGCCCCAGUUAUGGCACAUCUCUUUGAGUAUGCAUAUGCAGAAGACUUCGUUACCCUUGGAUACAAAGAGGAUGGCCAUUGUAAAGGAACUGUUACUAGAGAGUUGAGUCCUCCUCAGCUACUUAAGUGGCAAAUUCUACCAGAAUUGAUGACAACCAUAAAGAGCAGCAAAGAACUAGCAACAGAAUUAGCGAAUGAUGUGGACUUGCAUGUGAUGGUACACAAUGCCUUUGGUAAGGGUCUUAUGAAGAAGUGCAAGGUCAGCCCUGAUGCAUUCAUUCAGAUGGGGAUGCAGUUAGCUUAUUUCAGGGACCAGGGUCGAUUCAACCAGACCUAUGAAGCAUCAAUGACACGCUUAUUCCGUGAAGGUAGAACAGAAACUGUGCGUCCAUGUACGAUUGAAUCCUGCGAAUUUGUACGAUCCAUGGAUAAUCCAGAUAAAACUAAUGAAGAAAGACUAGCAUUACUCAAGAAGGCUGUUGAUGUGCAUGUCAAAGGUUAUCGAGAUGCAAUGAAUGGCAAAGGAAUCGACAGACACUUGUUCUGCUUGUAUGUGGUAUCCCAAUACUUGGAAGCUGAUUCUCCCUUUCUACAUGAGGCCUUGACUGAGCCAUGGCGCCUUUCCACUAGCCAAACGCCACAUCAACAGACCAAUAAGAUGGACCUGGUAGAAUUUCCUGAGUAUAUUUCAGCUGGAGGCGGAUUUGGUCCGGUGUCAGAUGAUGGUUAUGGUGUAUCUUAUAUCAUCGCUGGUGAAAACAUGAUAUUCAUACAUAUUUCCUGCAAAGUAUCAUGUCCCACUUCGAAUUCAAAGAAAUUUGGUGAGCAAGUUGCAAAGGCAUUGGCAGAUAUUAAAGAUCUUUUCAAAUUAGACUAAAAAGCGAUUUUGAAUAACGGAUUGAAGGAGGCACUGGUCAAUCCAUGUAGAUUCUUACAUUGGGAUGUUUAUAUUGGAGAUAUACUUUUAAGAUUGUUCCAUUCGAAUUAUUUCAUGCAAUGGUUGAUUUGAGGUGGCAUUAUUCGACAGUGGUUGUAGAAUGUGGUGAAUUUGAUCAAAUUCUAAUGGCAGUGAUCUGGUUUUGUGUGUUAAGCCUAGUUCCCAUAAAGUCGCUACUGUGUUGCUACUGCAAUUGCUGCACUAAGUUGUCACCAGCACAAUUGAGAAGGCUGUCCAUUUCUGGCCUGCAUUUCGGUACUUGGAAUGUGUAUUAUACUUUCUUAUCUGAGAUUUAUUUCUACAUUGUGUUUGCAUUUAUUUUUUAGUUUUUAUACUACUUAUAUUUAUACGGCCUUGCACGGCCUUGAUGAAAAACUCCCUUGGGUGAAUGAAGUUUUACCAUGUUGAAAUAAAGUAUUUAUUAUUAUCGCCAAAAAAUAAGGAGAGUCGGAGACAAAUCGUAAACCACUGACCAAUCAUUCACUGAAUUAACUAUACUUUAUCGAUAAUUAUCACACUUGAUUUUCUUGUGUGAUGUUGUCAAAUUUUGAUUAAAAGUUACUGAAUAUCAAUCAAUCCAAGCAGUUUUCGACUAGAGGUUUUCUAUUUUCUAGGCCUAUUAGGCUUGGUGAUACUCAGUAGUUGGUGUGAUCAUCAAUAUCAAGCCUCAUACCAUUGCUACCGUGAUUCACAAUAAUUGUUGGCAAUAGUGUGUAGACAUUUUAUGGAAACCAGACUUUUGAGAAUUGUUCAAUGUAUAGUAUCUUAUCAUAUUAAUUAAAUGAAUUACAUACAGCUACCUUAGCACUGUCCCUACUUACUAUCAGUCAAUUUAAUUUUUUUUUUUAGCGAUGGUAAGUAUUCUCACAGGCCAGUCACAAGAUUUAACGCUUGUCUAUAAACAAUGCCUCUCAACCACCAAGCUACAGCCCUCAAUACUUAGUGACUCAAAUUUUAAGCAUUUCAUAUUCACCUAUUUUUUAUUGUGUGUGUGUGUAGUUGUAAAAUAACAUGUUUCUUCUCUGUGUUGUGUUCAGAUUUACUGUAUCUGUCUAGCAAAUAGUGAAUUGCCAAGGUAUGUUUGCUGCAAAAGGAUAGUUGUAUAUUUUUUUAGCCAGCCUUUUAAUGUUGGUUAGAUAUUAAAAUAUUAAAUAGUAUUUCCUAUAUUAUACUAAAUUAUAUUUUGAAUUUUCUAUUUACAUACUGAAGUGUAUAGUCCGUAUUUAUUGCUUGUGGUGAAAUAAUACACUUAUAUUCACAACGCCUGCUCUCUUAAAUAUCCAACAUUAACUUAAUUUUCUGUGUCUUUUUUUGUCAAAAUACUGCCCUGUAUACAUUUAAUUUAUUGAAGCAGCACUUGGUGUAUUUCUUUUAAACAAUUCUAUAUUUAAUUAAGCCAACACUUGUUAAUUUUUUUUUUUUUAAUCUCAGGAAUUAAAUGCACUUAUGUUUUUUUGUUUGUUUUUAAAAGUAGAACCAAUUUCCAGAGUUUAAGAAUGGACCAAUACAAAUGAUUAGUCAAGAUAUUUAUUUAAUUGCUAUACACAGCUUUUUUUUUAUUAUCCUCAAAGAUCAGUACAAAAAGAAGAAAACUAUACUCUCUAAGUAGUAAAAUGUUAUUUGCUUUUACCUUUUCUAUGAUUAUUCCCCCUCAAAAAUAUGUUUAUAUUUUUUAAUAACACAGCAAAAAUAGCUGUUUUAUAUAAGUUUUAUUAACCAUAAAUACUGUACCUGAUUCAAAGAUGUAUUUCUGUUCUAUUCAUACCUAUCCAGCAUUUUUUUCUUUCAUUUCUGGAUAGGUGUGACAAACUGUUACCAAGUAUCUAUAAUUUGUUCUUUCAGGAGAUUGUGUAGGUGGAAUAUUUAACGAAAUAUGGUGAAACCAUAUCAAAAUAGAUAAUUUUAAUGUAUUCACAUUUAUUGUAGAUUCUCCCACCAAUGAUCUGUUCUGAACAUUAAUUUAAAUAAGUGACUGACUUCAGUUGCGCUCAACAAUACCAUCCAAUAUACAGUAUAAGCAAAUAUAGGUAAAGGUAAAAGAUGUGUAAUAUAGAACAGUGACAUGUAUAUAAUACACUGGUGACAUAUUUAUUGUUUUCUAUGUACAGUACCAUAUUAUCUGCAUGCUAUUUGUCCAGUGCAAGACAGUUGCUGUAUGUUGUAUUUAGCCAAACAAUGCAAAUUUUUCUCUAUAACGAUUGGUGACCACCACUUCAACCUUGAUUUCAGAUCAAAUUUUUCUUUUCUGUUCUUUGUUCCAUGUAAAGUACAUAUAUUCAGCAGUGGCAUUAACAGCUAUGAAAAAGGGACUCUACACUAUAAUGAGCCACGGGAUAUUCAUCAGCGUUUAUCAUUUUAUUCCAUGUUGACUUGGUGGGCCUUUUAGGGAGCGGAACAUAAACAACUUAAAAACGUCCUUUAAAACUUAAGAAACGCUGAAGUGGGGUUUUUCCCAUACCCCGGAGCUUUCUACUUGGACCCAGUCCCCAGGGUAGUAGGCCUGAAGAAGUCUUAUGCCAUUAAAAUUCAGAACUUUCUUCGUGUUAAUAAAGUUGCAAUCUGGAUUAUUAAAAUUAAUGAACCUGGAAGAAUACGCACAUGUAUCUAUGCACAAUAUUUAACAGUGAUGAUACAAGACAAAGUACAUUUCACAUAUCUCAGAUGUAUUUUACUAGAUAAUCUAAGUGAUGAUAAUAUGCCUGGAAAAUUUUUAAUUUAAUCCAAAUUGAAGUGGCUGAAGUUCCCAAUUGAAUUUUGUUUUAUUGUAGUUAAAUUGGAGUUUGAAUUUAAUAUAAUAUACCAUAGUACACAUUUUAGCAAUAAUUGUAAAUUCUGCUUUAAGGUAUACGUUGAGACAAGACUAGAGUCUAGAGCUGUAUGUUGCUAGUAACUUUAGUUAGGGUAAAGAUAAUUUUCUGGUCUAGAAUACUGUAGGUAGUAAACCUAAUAUAAAAUGUUCCUUUUAAUAUCACAGCAUCUGUGUGUUAUUGUUGUUUGAUGCUAGCCAAUUUGUCAUGCUUAUUUGAGCAUUUUUUCUUGAAUAUUAAAUAUCAUCUGUGGUGGUUUGCAUAUCA